CUAGCUACGGAAUGGAUCAUUUAGAGCACUUGAGUGGAUCCAUCGAUGGACAUCAGGAUUUGUCGAAAGGAGUCCUUCGGACCACUAUGCAGUCUAGCGACACUGCUCCACUUCACUUCAUAACGAAUGCAGGCAUGAGUCACAGUGGACGGGAGCAGGAAUACAUCGAGUCCACCCUUCUAGGGACGGAUUUAUUGUCAAGUCAGCUGCCAACAAAUUUACUGAACGAUUACAUCAAUUCCGUUUCAACCACUGCUCCGAACAGCAUCAUUGGCAGUAUGCAAUCUACUCUUAUGGAACAUCAAUAUAGGCCUCUUACCGCAGAUGAAUUGCAUACGCUGAUCAGUGAAUCGAGUAACGAUGCAUCCGGAUCAAAGGAUAUUCCGGGCUUCAACACCCUAUCGUCUUACGAUAAGAUUAUGAAUAUGGGUCAAUCUACUUCGCCAAUGAGCAAUGGAUUAGCACAAAUCUCUAACACAAUGGAUAGUUACGUACAUUUUCCACUCCAUGGAACUGGUUCAGGAGCUGAUGGGUUUGACAUAACGGCCAACGCUCUUGUUUCCGGCAAUUCUCAUCAACAGCAUGGAGAGCAGCAACAGCAGCAACAACAUCAUCACUACAGUCUUCCUCACGCUACCAGCUCACACAUCCAUCUACAGCGCCAAACACAAGGACAUUUGCAUCCUCAUCAGAGCGUUGUGGAGAUAACCAAUUCCCAGCAGCUACCCCCCUUAGUACACCCGGAAACGACUACCGCGGGUAUAAGUUCACUCCUCCCAGCUGUUGAUGUGACCAUGAAGGUGUUCAGUCACAAUAACUCCAUCCUUCCCAUCGCAUCCUCAGCACCAGUAUCGACGAACGUGCAUAGUAGUACCACAAUGACCAUCAGCUCAUUGGGUUUAAACGAAUCUCCAAAACGGUUUUACUCUUGCACAACUUUACCGUCACUCAUACCGCAUACUCAACGAACGACAUACUCUAUCGCUGAUAAUUUACUAGCCCAAAAAGGAACCGCUACAAACAUGGUAGAUUGUGAGGCACGAACACACGAUGAAGAUAUAGUGGAAUGUGUUGCAUCGAUGGAGAGUACAUCGUGCUCACUGCUGGGUAAUAUGAAUUUACCCCACAAAAAGCGUUUGGCAAAAAAGCUGGGCGAUGCGAAGGAAAGCGUCUGUAGUAUAGCUUCCGAAAUGGAGCAAUCUUUGAUGCUAACUAAUAUCCAAUUAUCGCAACGUGGCGAAGUAACAGAACCUGAACCAAAUUACCGGGAUUCCGGUGCUCAGCAACGCACCAGUACCACGAAAAUUAACUCUACCAAAUCGGCAUUAACAAACCAACAAGCACUAUCUACCCCACAGCUAACGGUAUUUACUUGCCAGCUGUGUGGAAAAGCUGUGCAAGAUCAGCUAGCAUUUUUUAACCAUCUAAAGCAACACUACGAACCACCGUUGUCGAUAAGUGAAGCUGAUGUUUCACACUCAAAUGCAAAUGUAAGCGCACUUGAAAAUGUAGAAUUAACACCAGUGGAGAGUAUUUCUCCACUCGAAAAGGGUCCAGCAGAUGGUAAGAAAUUGAAGCCAAAACUACCACGUGUCAAGCACACGAAAAAGUUAAAGAACGAUCGGACUGUAAAGCAAAAUCUACAAGAGGAUGAGCGGCAAACGCAGAAAGCGGACGCGAAAGUCAUUUUAAACACUUCAAAAUCUUCAACUACUGCCACCUGCUCCGAAGGUCUAUUUCCGACAGCGAACGAUUCACUGAUAGUGCUCGAUUGUUCUGAUAAUGGAGGAGAAUUUAGUGAAACGGAAGACAUGCUGGAAGGGAUCCGGAAUGUGGUGCAAAAGGUGCAGGAAACCGUUGAUACGGAUACGAACGAGGAAUUGUGCCCAGAGAACAAUGAUUCCUGGUUCCCGAACGGUAACCUUCGAAGCAUUGGGACUGCAGAGAAAGCGAAUUUAAAUAUGUCCGAAGAAAUGCUUAAUGCACAUGACAUUCACAUCCAAAACGGAGGAGAUAACUUUUUACUGAUUCUCAGUAAGACUCAAUUCAAUGACACAGAACUACUUCCAACGGGAACCACCGAUUCGGCGCUAUUGAAACCGUUAGAUGUCACCUGUAAACAGCUAGAGCAAGAGAAUUCACUUACCAAAGCUCCCGAAGAUCCUGCAGAUCACAACAUGCCACAAGUACAAACACUGAAUUCCACAGCAUUUGCAUUACUUUCCAGCGUUACCAACACCCUCUCGGACUCGCAUGGAGGAAUUUUUCCGAUUAGCUCUAUCCUUGAACUUUCGAACAAUAGCACAGCUAGUAAAAUCUCAGUAGCUUCCUUUGCAUCGUCACACUGCGGUCAGAUACCAGAUCUCAAUAAGGCAAGAUUAUUGAAAACUAUUCAAUCGCCCGACAACGAUGAUGAGGAUGGCGAAGUUGGUUCCGAUGCAUACGAACGAAUGGAGCUCGCUGAUGGUGAAGAUUACGCAUCCGGGAGUAGGCGGGACGAGCAACCAUUACCAGACUACCAUUUUAGUGAUGACGACGCAGUUGACGCGAAUGAUGAGCCCUUCGCUUCGGAGGUACAAAACAACGAACAGGAAGAUGAAGAAAUACGUACAAACGAUAAGGAAUUGCUAGAUGCAAGCGCAAGUACUGCAAAGUUACACAAGUACCUAUGUAGGGUGGCAGACUGUGGCCGAUUGUUUAAGUCAAAAACGGCAUUCGCCUACCAUCAGCUACAGCACACGGGAGAGCGACCGUACAAAUGCCAAACGUGCCAGAAAUGCUUCUUCACCUGCAGCGCAUUGAAGGUACACGAACGGUUGCAUUCCGGCGAAAAGCCGUACAAAUGUGAAGAGUGUGGCCAUCACUUCCGGCAAUGGGGUGAUCUAAAGUAUCACAAAAUCUCCAAACACUCUAAUGAGAAAAGCCAUAAGUGUGAAUACUGUGGCAAAGAGUUUGCCCGCCGAUACUCGCUAGUGCUACACCGACGGAUCCAUACGAAUGAGAAAAACUUUGUCUGCGAGUACUGCAACAAAGCGUUCCGCGCUAGUUCCUACCUGCAGUCGCAUCGAAUGAUACACACUGGGGAAAAACCUCAUCAUUGCCACCUAUGUCAUAAAAAGUUUCGAUGCCAUGGGGAUUUGAACAGGCAUCAAAAGACGCAUACACGUGUUGGUAAAAUUGAAUCCGCCGGCAACGGGCAGGAGAAAAACGUGGAUGAGGAUGAUAGUGGCUUAUCGGUGGAUUUGACUGGCGAGGAAAAGUUUGUACCGAGUGUUAGUGAAAAAACGAAACUGAAACGCAAGAGCAUUGGGCAGAAACAUAACAAUUUAAGCGUAGUUAUUGUUUAG